UCCCGUUAAUGUGUUUGAAUGUGUCGCAUGAAUCCACUAACAAACGUUUUAUCAGUUUAUCUGUGGUAACUUGUGUUGUGAGGUGGAUUUGGCGCUGCGUGCUGCUCUGCGCGUGGCCGAGCUCCUCAGUCUGAGGCGCGUGAAUGCACUAGUACAUAGGCAUUAUCUUCAUUUCAGUUUCAUCGGCAAUUUACAGAAUGCGGAGGUGAAAACGGACGGUCUCGCCGAUCGAGGCGCAAAUCCUUGACGCUUAUAUGCUGGUAUUACACCAGUUAGUAUUAUUUUUCUCAUCUGAAAGCUGUUCCUGGGCGAGAAUCACGCAUGCAUUCAAACAGAGGAUUAUCGCGGAGGAACUGCCUCGAAACCAUGAGCUGCAGUUGGGGGACGGAGCUGUGGGAUCAGUUUGAUAAUUUAGAGAAACACACUCAGUGGGGCAUUGAGUUUUUGGAACGCUACACCAAGUUUGUGAAGGAACGGUCAGAAAUAGAACUGAGCUAUGCUAAACAGAUAAGGAAUCUGUCUAAGAAGUACCAGCUCAAGAAGAACUCUAAAGAGGAGGAGGAAUUCAAGUACUCCACAUGUAGAGCAUUUCUUAUGACUUUAAAUGAGCUGAACGACUACGCGGGUCAACACGAGGUCAUCGCCGAAAACCUGUCCACUCAGAUAAUCGCAGAGUUGAGCCGCUACACUCAAGAACUGAAGGCUGAACGGAAAUCGCAUUUCCAUGAUGGCCGCAGAGCGCAACAAUACAUUGAGAAUUCCUGGAAGCAGCUGGAAUCGAGUAAGAGAAGAUUUGAGCGAGACUGUAAGGAAGCAGAUCGUGCUCAGCAUUACUUUGAUAAGAUGGACGCUGAUAUUAACGUGACUAAAGCAGAUGUGGAAAAGCGGUGUUCUCUCAAGGCGAAACAGCAAGCUCACAUGAGGCAUCAGAUAGCAGAGGACAGUAAAAACGAGUACCUGACCUACCUGCAGAAGUUCAACAAGGACCAACAUGAGCACUACUACACGCUUAUACCACAUAUCUUUCAGAGGAUACAGGAGAUGGAGGAGAGGCGGGUGGGCAGGGUGAGGGAGAGCAUGCGGGUGUACACCGAGGUCGAGCGCAAAGUAUUGCCCAUCGUCAGCAAGUGCCUGGACGGCAUGACCAAGGCAGCUGAAUCCAUCGAGCCUAAAAUGGACAGUAAGCAAGUUGUAGAAUCAUACAAGUCGGGCUUUGAGCCGCCGGGUGAUGUGGAGUUUGAGGACUACAGCGUGUCGAUGAAGAGGGCGGUGUCAGAAUCCAGCUUCCUGAACGCACGCGGAGAGAGCAGACGCCGGAGCAGGAGCAAACUGUGGCCUUUACUCAAGAGAAAUAAGCUUAUGUCUUUGUUAGCAUCGCCCCGCCAGCCCCCUCCCCCUCCCCCCACAUCCCCGUCCCCGGACGGCCUCCUCAACGGCCCCCAGUCCCCACAACAACACAAGGAGCCGCUCAGCCAGCGCCUCAACGACUUCAUGGGCACCAAACACAAAAUGCACUGCCUGCGAAGCCUGAAACGUGGGCUUUCUCUAAAGCUGGGAACAGGCCAGGAGGACUACAGUCAUCUGCCCCCUGAGCAGAGGAGGAAGAAACUACAAGCCAAGCUCAAUGACAUAAACAAGGACAUCCAGAAAGAGAUGGAUCAGAGGGACGCCCUGACUAAAAUGAAAGAUGUUUACAUUAAGAAUCCUCACUUGGGGGAUCCAGACAGUAUAGAUCCACGGUUAGAAGAAAUCACACAAAGCUUGGAAAAAAUGCAGCUUGAGGCACAAAAAUUUGAGGGCUGGUUGACGGAGGUGGAGAGGAAGCUACUCGAAAAGGGAUCCGAGUCUCAGAGAAGACAGAGCGGUCAUUUUGACUCGCAGGGCAACACGCCUCUUACAAACAACUAUGGUCAAAACCGAGAGAGUCCGGAUGGCAGCUACACGGAAGACCCCAGCACAGAGACCACCAUGCAGUUCAAAUCUCGCAGUACUGAGUUCGAUGACGAAUUUGACGACGAGGAGCCUUUACCCACCAUUGGAACAUGCAAAGCACUUUAUCCAUUUGAAGGUCAGAACGAAGGUACCAUAUCUAUGGCCGAGAGUGAGAUGUUAUAUGUAAUCGAGGAGGAUAAGGGUGACGGUUGGACCCGAGUCCGCAGAAACGAGGACGAGGAAGGAUACGUGCCCACAUCCUACAUCAAACUCUUUUUGGACAUGAAUGCCAAAGGUGCUAAGACAUACAUAUAAUCCCACAUCACUAAAGACCCAGAACGCUGUUUAACUACAGUAAGGCAUCAUGAAAACGUUAACAGAGGAAGCAGACAGUAGCGCUCUUCCUGUUUACAAGAUCAAGAUGCCAAGUGUCAUUUCUCUCUUUUGGUCCUUGUUUACGUUUUUUAAUUAUUGCUCCCUUAGACCUUAUCAGUGUUAAACAAGUUCUGCAUCCUUAAGGGUACAGUGAAUUAGGGAAUAAAGACAAGGUGCUGUGUCAUUUUGAUAUAUAUGAUGGAAAUGGAUGUUUUACCAACAUAUCAUGUUCAUAUUUAUCAUUAUAGCUUGGUUAGCUUUAUGGAGGUUUUCUGCAAUAACCAAGAUAUGUAGAUACUCAUGUUCAUGUUUUUAAUGAUCUACAAGCAAUCAGAUACUUUUAGAUUAAGAAUGAAAUGAUUAGAAAAUGUCAAAAGCAAAUAUUCUAAAACCUUCUGGCAAUAAAAAGUAAUCUCUUACUAACAUUUUUGACCUUAAAGCUACAGAAUAAGUAGCAAUCCUGCAUUUUAAAUAUAGUCAAAUGUGUUUUUAAUUAUAAUAAUUUUUUAAGACUUUAAAAAUCUUUUGCCUUUGAGAGAUGGAAUAGAAUAUUUCUCAGGUAUGUUUACUUUGGUCUACAUCCUUGAACCUCAAAAAAUCCUGAAUAAACAGGAUUUGUUUUCUUUCCCCACAUUUAAUUUCAAUGCAUAUCAUUAAAUGUGAAGAGAUUAAGUAAUUAAUGCAUGCAUCUUUGAGACUUCUGCUAGCUUUGCAUUUACUGCUGUAAAAAAAAAAAGAUCAACUUUAGAAGUAAAAAAAUAUACUGAUGAACCCAUAGUUAACGCGAUGCCUUUCAGUGUAGUGAGCACUGAAGCAAUAAUUCAAAAGAUGCAUGUUAUUCACACACUGACCAGCAUGGAAAACUAACAGUUAACGUGAAGUUAAAUAAAAAAAUGUCCAGGUGGUCAUCGCAGUGUGUAUUAGAAAAGCUUACAGCAGGAAUACCGCUCUAUAUGCAUGCUAUAAAACCAGACAGGCUAUUUAUUGCUGCUUAUCAGAUUCAUAAUUUGUCAAUAGCUUUAUCAGCAGCUGUUAAAUAUGCUUGAUAGUGUCGCGAGCUAAAUAAAUGAAGAAUUUUGUAUGGUUUUAUACUGUCCCUGUCUUUAAUUCUCACUUCAUAGUGGGGCUGCGCUCUGACAUUGAGCUUCCGUGGUUUACUGAAUGUUUUUAACCCAUUACUGUCUGUGAAUCAACGAUUGUACAGGAGUUCUUGUGCAACAUCUCUAACAUGUCUUGUGUGAUUUUUUUUUUUUUUUUUAUUCUUUUUUGCUUUUUGUUUCUGUUCCUUUCUUUGCAGAUCCCUAAAAGUGUUUGGCUGGCACAGGAGUGGCAGGGCAAGCGUCCUUGUGUGAAAAGUCCUCCUCUUGUAACUCUAAAUGGAGGACUAACUGAAAGGAUAUUCCAUUUUUAAUGCAACCACUUACACUGAACCCUCUCGUCUGCCAUAAGAAUGCAAACUGAUCUUUUUUUUCAUGACUAGCGUGCUGAUUAUUUGCAAAAGCUUGCUUCUCGUAUGGACCUAGAGUAUUUAGCCUUGUGCCGUAGCUGCUUGCCAUCAGAGCCGAGCCUUUAGGUUUGUUUGCUGAGACACAGAGUAAGUGCCGUGUUCAUGUCUUGUUAUUGCCUGGCUUGCUUCAGAGCCAAGAGGAGGUUCUCAUGAAGACAUUAGACUUAAUGAAUAUUUGUCAGUGCAGACUGUUCAGUUAUGUGAAAAAUGGGACUCAUUUUAUACAUCAUAGGCUAGCAGUUUAUUUUAUUUUUUUCAGUUAUUAUCACAGUGUUUGCAAGGCAGCAGUGUAUUUAUCCUGCUUUUAUUCUUCUUCCUUUCACAUAGAUUAGUUUAUUGAAAUGUAAAAUUAAGCUUUUUUUUGCUAUGAUUAUGAUUAUGUUUAAGUCAGGGAUGGACGUACCAAAAGGCUUGUCUUUUUGCAAUUAGGUAUGCUAUUGUUCAAAAGAUUGGGGUCGGUAAGAUUGAAAAACAAAUAAAAAGUAAUAAUUUAUUCAGCAAGCAUUAAAAGCAAUGCUUUGAAUUGAUGAUAGGCGACAGUAAAGAUGAAAUAGAAAUGUUUUAAAAAUCUCAAUUUUAAAUAAAUGUUGUGCUUUUGUAAUUCAAAGAAUCCUGAGUGUAAAAAUAUACCAUGGUUUUCACAAAUAUUUAUUAAUAAUAAUUUAAUAUAAUAAUAAAUGUUUCUCAAGCAGCAAAUCAGCAUAUUAGAAUGAUUCCUGAAAGAACAUGGGACACUGAAAACUGUAAUGAUGCUGAAAAUUCAGUUUUGCAUCAUAGGAAUAAAUUACAUUUAAAAAUACACACACACACACACACACA